CGCCUGGGUGGUGUCCAUCUUGGAAAUGAGAUCAAAACAUCCUGAUGGAAAUGAAACAAAAGGAGAUUUCAGCGUGUUAUUUAGAACGAUGAAGAUAGAUAGUUCAUCGAAUCAAGAAAGGAGAAGAGAAUCUCCAGGAUCGUUUUAAUAUCUGUACUAGAAAAAGACCAACCAUUCCAAGAUGAAGAAAAGAGAUUCUGAGGUGGUGUCUGUUUCUUCGGCGAACUCCAAAGGAUCUGAACGACGAAAGACCGGUACAAGAUUUUCGCUGCGAAGAAUUUUCUACCCAACUGGAAGCAGGCGUUCCAGAUCCAGAGUGAGUCUUGAUUCGGAUUCCGGUCGAUCUGAGAUGAGUCUGAGCGUACCAUCGGACAGGGAUAGCGUCACGCAACAUUCCAUCACAUCCAGUGCACAGCCCCAGGCGGUCAGUUGUAAGGUUGCAUCCACUGGCGGAUCAGUCAGGGAGUGUCCUCUCUGUCUUACGGAGCGACAAGUGGACGAUUUCCCAGAAAUCAUGACUUGUCACCACAGGUCAUGCAUCCUUUGUCUUCAGACGUACCUGAAGAUUGAGAUCACAGAGAGUCGUAUAAACAUAUCAUGUCCCGAGUGUCCGGAAAAAUUCCAUCCCAAUGACAUUCGACUGAUUCUUCAGAAUGACUCACUCAUGGGUAAAUAUGAGGACUUCAUGGUCCGUCGAGUGCUUGUAUCCGACCCUGAUACUAGAUGGUGUCCAGCUCCCGACUGCGGAUAUGCUGUGAUAGCGACAGGUUGUGCUGGCUGCCCCAAGCUGAGGUGUGAGCGCCCAGGCUGUGACACUCAUUUCUGUUACCACUGUAAACAACACUGGCACCCCAACAAAACCUGUGAUGCUGCGCGCGCUGAACGAUCCCCUAACUUGCGAUCAGCCUCACUCAGCUACAGUCAUGAUAAUGAUUCUCAGAAAGACGAUAUAAAGCCAUGUCCGAGAUGUGGUGCCUUCAUUAUGAAGAUGAAUGACGGAUCGUGUAACCACAUGGCCUGUCCCGUCUGUGGUGCUGAGUUCUGUUGGCUAUGUAUGAAGGAAAUCUCUGAUCUACAUUAUCUAAGUCCGUCAGGCUGUACAUUCUGGGGUAAAAAGCCUUGGAGCCGGAAGAAGAAAAUUCUGUGGCAGUUGGGAACGCUAGUAGGGGCUCCCGUGGGAAUAACACUGAUAGCAGGGAUAGCAGUCCCCGCCAUGGUCAUUGGACUGCCAGUCUGGGUCGGCAGGAAGCUCCAUUCAAAGUAUGAGCACAGCUCCCGUCACAAGCGUAAUCUGGCGAUAACGGGCGGUGUAACAGCCUCCAUACUGGUGUCGCCUGUCAUAGCUGGACUGGCUGUUGGUAUUGGGGUGCCCAUCCUACUGGCCUAUGUGUACGGUGUCGUACCUAUCUCGCUGUGUCGCAGUGGGGGCUGUGGGGUGACCACAACCAACAAAGGGGGUGUCCGUUUUGAAUUUGAUGAGAACGAAACUGUGGGUCAGCCUAGUGUUUAUGCAGGUGAUAAUCAGAGCGUGGGCACAGGCCACAAUGUUGCCAACCCUAGUAUAGCCCCUAGUAUUGGUGAGGCGUCUGUGGGUAUGACGGGCAGUCUGAGUGCCAGUGGCAGUCACAUGGAGCGUGUCGGUGUGAUCAGAGACGAGAGUGACAGGGACUCGGCCAGUAACCGCGCCCUCGCAGGCUCCAGUCUCAACGGGAGUCUUUGUGGCGGAUCUUAUGUCGUAGGAUGCUUUCAAAACAAGUUAGAGGUCCAGGCCGAUAUGGUAUCAAUGAACAACACCCCAUUGACCAAGAGGAGCAGCUUCAGUAGCGAGUCUGCCAACCUUAGUAUCGGGGAGAAAUCCACCACCAUUUCAUUCAGUGACGAUGCCAGCACUAAGGCCCUGGCAGGCUCUAUAACUGGAUACAGGGACAAAGACAGUGUCUCUAUAACUACAACAUCACCGUAUGAGGUCCAAGUUGACGUGGUGUCUCAAUCCUCCAGGGGACGCAACAACAGUGGGGGCAGCACCAGUCUUAGUGCUUCAGAAAACAGGAUCAGAAACACAUCGGGUCAAAGUUCACCGACCUCGGGGUGUAGUACAAACAUGUGUGCUGGGGGUGAGGAGACCAAAAACAAUUCCUUCAAAUGUCGCAAAUGUAAACGAUUUAACGGCAACCAUUGUGACAAAUCCACGGAUCAAUGUGGUGUACAUUUUGCUGAGAAAGUCAGUCUUCAAAACUUCCAGACUGAUGACAUAGUGUCACCUACACUGAGUGAGGAAUUUGUCAAGUAUUAUAGUAAGGAUAGUACGAGGGACUUGGUCCGGACCAAAUUAUCGGAUUCUUUUAUCGAAAACUCCGCCCCUUUAGCAGACACGGCUAGUGAAGAUACUCUGCCAGAGGUUGAAAGUGAUCGACCUUCAUCAGCGAAGAAAUUGAUCUCGGCUACAAACAGGAAGUCAAUGUCGACAUCUGCAUUGAUGAGUGAAUGUUUGAGUGCCAGUGACGGGAGUCUUUGUAAAAGCCAAAGUCAAGAGGACUAUAUGUUUAACAAGGUGCCACGGAUGGAUGGAGCCCGUCUUAGACGACUCAGUUGUGAACUAGCACGUGAAAAUGGACGCAUCUCACCACCUUUAGAUCUUAAGGAUUGUAAUUCUGAAUCCGUUCCUUUAAAAUAAAUCACUAUUUUAAAGGUGCGAGUUUGAUUGUGAACAUGCUUCAUCCUUUCGUUUUUGAAGCGAAAAAAGUUCAUGGUGAAUUUGUCAAAAUCUUAAUGAAAUUAUGGCUUUGACAAGAGUAGAUUACCUGACGGUACAACACUUAUGUGGCGAGUGUUUUCGGCCUCAGCUUAUUCAACCAGUCAUGGGUUUAUGUGACCUUUCAAGUUGAAUUGUAAGUCAUCAUUGAUUUAUCUACGUUGUUCUGUCAUUUAGUAAAAUGCCACCCAUACCUUAUUAAGUGUCAAAUGAAAAUAAUUCCAAUUAAAGAAUUUUCGAGAAACGUUUCGGAGUAGGCUGAUGUAAAUACAUCCAGAAAAAAUCACAGAGUUGACAUAUCAUCUACAAGAAAUGAAAUGGAUUAUUUUGAUGGUUUGUUGAAAUAGGUGAAACAUUUUUCCUCCUUUUUUUUCUCCUCGCUGAAAUUUUGUAGUCAAGGAAGAGUCGAAGAAUAACCUUUUUAUCAGCAAUGUACAGUGUUUUUGUUUUGUGUAUUAUGUUGAAUAUUUGCUUCAUCAGAUGAAGUGUACAGAAUAGAUAUUUAAUAUAUUUUCUGCCUGUUAUGUGUUGUAUAAAUGAAAUAGUUUGUGUGUCUCAUGUAAAACAUAAUUUGUUCAUUGAUUUCUUUGAUAUCAAUUCUUCUUAAAGCUUUUCUUCAGUUCAAGUUCCAAUCAGGUUUAACAGCAAUCUAUCCAAUCUUUGGUAAUCUUGGUCCGUUCUUGUCUUCAUAUGGUAGUAGACCCUAUUCCGUCUUUGCGUAUUGCAGAGUUAUCUUCUCUUGUGAGCAGGUAUUGAUUGUCACGUCAUUGGUUUGU